AUGCACGCGUUGUUUGGUGAACAAAGUCCUUAUACCUACCGCGGAGGUGCUACCGGCGGAUAUUCCGCGGGUGUGACACCUUAUGCCUACGAACAAUACAGAUACGGUUAUGGUGCUCCAUAUCUUCAUCCGCACCAGCAACAUGUUGGCACCCCCAAAGAUAUGGUGAAACCACCAUAUUCAUAUAUAGCUCUGAUUGCAAUGGCGAUUCAAAACGCUCCCGACCGGCGAAUAACUCUCAACGGUAUUUAUCAGUUUAUUAUGGAGCGUUUUCCUUAUUACAGAGAAAAUAAGCAAGGCUGGCAAAAUUCAAUUCGACACAACCUGAGCUUGAAUGAAUGUUUCGUUAAGGUUGCCAGAGAUGAUAAGAAGCCCGGAAAAGGUAGUUAUUGGACUCUCGAUCCAGAUUCAUAUAACAUGUUCGACAACGGAUCUUACUUGCGACGGCGGCGCCGAUUUAAGAAAAAGGAUGCACUAAAGGAAAAGGAAGAAGCGAUAAAACGACAACAACAACUGCAACAAGCGCAAGAAGCGUUAGCUGCACAAGAAGCGCUCAGUGCGGCGGAUGCGCUUGGGCAACAGCGGGACGUCAAGCCUGAUGUUAAGCCGCGCAUCUUCGAGUGUAGACCUAAACGAGAGCCCGGUGCAGAUUGUGCACGGUACGAGAAACCUAAUGACGCUCUUGAUGAGUUUAGCGAACCACGACUGCCUUCUUCCGCGGUUUAUUGCUCACCACAACCGUAUUCAUUGGCGGCGGAGGAGUUCCGAGCGGCUACAUCAGGCUGGUAUGCAGCCCCCGAACCCCCCGUCGAACAGUUACCACCUGUAUUUAGAGAUCUCUUUGAACCACCGAGUUGUCAGCUAGCCGGUUUCCGCGGCGGUUCUCCCGUUCCUGACGCAUAUCGAGCGUCACCACCGCCACAUCAUCAUUACCGCACCUCCGCUCCAUCGUAUUACCACCAUCAAGCCUGCGUUGCAGCUGCACCCGCACCCGCUCACAAGUCCUACUGA